UUUUUCACGUCACCGUAACGUCACAAAUUCGUCGAUCCGAUAAACUUUAAAUACUUUGUAGAGAUGCAUUUUCAAUCAAAUUACAUUUUCACUACGAUCGGUGACAGUACAUCAUGUUGAAGUAUAUCUUUCUCGGUUUGUUGGCGGUCUCCUGUCGAGGAGCACCUUUGAACGAUGGUCAGACUGAUGAUGUGGAAGAACAAAGUUACGCUUCGGCUUUAAUCAAAUUCAACGGCUACGAAAAUGAUAUGUUACCACCCGAAUUAUGCACAGACGACAAAAUCGUUGUAAAUUUCAAGCUGUACACGAGAGAGAACCCCAACGGUUACGAAUUGAGCACGAUGAACAAUCAAACUUUCAAGAACUCUUCUUUCAACGUUAAACACGACACUAAAGUUUUGAUCCACGAAUGGUUGCAAAAUGAAACUUACUCGUACGCUAAAGAUUUCGUAUCAGCUUACUUGAAGAAUAAAAGAGAAAAAGGCAUCCAGGUGAUCGUCGUUGACUACGGUUCAGUUUCCCGUUGCCAAUUCAACAGAGCUCGCGAAAUGCAACCGAAAAUCGGUGAACAAGUCGGAGAAUUGUUGAAAUCUUUGAUGAAAUAUGGACAAGUUCCGUCGAAAGUCCACAUUAUUGGUUUAGGUAUGGGAGCUCAAAUCGCCGGUUACUCCGCCAGACAAAUCCACCCAAGAAAAAUUGGACGUUUGACCGCUUUGGACCCGACUUUCAUCGGAUACUUGGAACACCAACCACAACUCAAAUCGAACGAUUCGGAUUUCAUGGAUGUCAUCCAUACCGCUCAAAGAAAAUUCGGAUCCGUCAGACAUUUGGGAAAUGCUCGUUUCUACCCCAACGAUGGAACUCGCCAACCAAUGGGAAAUGGAAAAUCGCCUUUGGAUGCUAGCGUCCUCAGUCACUUGGCCUCCGUAUUUUACUACCUAGAAUCGAUCGUCGACAUUACCUACUUCAAAGCUCGUCUGUGCAAUAACUACGUUUCGUACUUACGUAACAAAUGCCAAGAACCAGCCGUUUACAAUUACAUGGGUGACGAAGCAAACAUCAAACUCUUCGGUAACUUCUACUUGCAAGUCCAGUCUCCAGUGCCUCCAUUCGGUAAUCGCGAAUUAGACGUCAAAGUCUUCGAGUUGGUUCACCACUAUCUAGUAACAGAAAGAGGAGUUGUAGUACUCGACGAAACCGAUGUCGAAAUCGUCAAGAAAACUUACGAAAAGAAAAGAACUGAAGACAAAACUUACACCAACGAGGAAAUCGCCAACUUGAUCAACAAAUACGGCCCCAAAAGCCAAAACUAAUCGAUUUGUUCUGAAAAACUCGUAGAACCUGUAGGUACGCGACGAAUUGAUUAAAUUACCUAUAUUUAGUUGAAAAUCAUGUAACGAUUAUUAUUUUAUUAUUCUUCGAAUAAAUUCUCAAUUCUGAAAAUAACAA